AUGGUGAACGAUGUGUCGAGCAUCAGCAGAAAAGAGCCACCAAUAGUGGAAGGUGGAGACGACCAGCAGGAAGAUAUGAUGCUACCACCACAUACUACAACUACCACAGAAUACCACCGACACCACCGGGCCACCGUUGCGCCGCCGGAGUCGCCGGAAAAUCGGCUGGAAAAAGCCCCAGCAGCUUGCUCUGUUUUCCGCCGGGCUGCUGCUGUUUCUGCUUCUCUGUCCUGUUCGGCCUUCCUCAGCCCAGCUCCGCCUUUCCCCGACCUCCACAGACUUCCUCCGACGCCGUCCAGCCACCACCAGGUCGAGUCGCAGCCGUGCCUCGCCGGAACAGCCACGAACAGCCGGUUCUGUCAGUGCCUACUCUGUUUUUCGCUGUUCUGCCCUGCACCGCCUGGAGCUGCUGCCGCUGCUGUUCCGCAGCCUUCUCCAGCCACCUCCGGCCACCAAACACUCCCCAAAACCCCCUCAAACUUUUUCCACCAGCCCCGCAACCUCCCGUCGCCGCCGGAGCCCCGAAACAGUCCCCAACCGCUUCCCCUGUUUCUGCUCCCCUGUACCCGCGAAAACUGCCUGCUGCAGCUUCUGUUGGCUGCUGCCGGCACUAGCUCCGGCCACCGAGUGCCACCACCGACCACCAUCACCCUUCCCCGACCUCCUCGGACAUCCACCGUCGACCCCGGAGCCAACCACCACCCUCCAAUCCACGAAACAGCCCCGGAUCCCCCUCAAUUUCCCCUGUUUUUGGUCUGGGCAGCUCCAUUUGGGCCUGAACAGUGUGCCUACGAGCUGGGCCGUGGCCCAAACCGACUUGGGCCGUGA